GUGAGGGCUUACAAUUUUUUGACUCGAGUCACACGAUCCACAUCUGCACCAAAACUGCUGGGAUUGCAUUGGUUUAUUCCAUCACAACAAAUGAGUAUUUAAAAUUACUGGACUUGACUGUCAUCAAUUUUAAAUCAUGUUGUGUCUGCAGGAAUCAGGUGACUGCCUGCGGGAACAGAUGCAUUAUAUGAUGCGAUCACUGCAGGAUCUAAAGAAUUUGCGGCGAAGCUGCGCAGCACGCCCUGUCGGGCCUCCAGUGAGGCUGCGUGCAUGCAAACAGCUAAUAGCACAGAGGGAACGUCGAGCGCGACUGAGGAUCAGCGAUGCUAGUGAGGCUAGCAGCUACGACUCUGCCUGUUGUCUAUCUAGCUCUCUGGAGGAGGAGGACUCUGCUGGUGGCCCAUCAGCUGUUAGCUCCCCGAGCAGCGAGCGGAGUCUGGAGUUUGAUUCGGGUUAUUCCGAGGCCUCUUGGCAGGAUGAGGGAGUGGUGUUGCGGCGUACCAGAAACGUCCGCGUCUCUUCCUCCGCGUGUCUUCGGACUAACCAGGUGCCCAACACCCGAGUUCGUCCCAAAUCUACCUCCGAUGCUUGCCUGGAAAAAUGGACGUCUUUUGAGGCAGUAAGUGACCCUGACGACUGGACAACAUCUUUGCUUACCCGCGGUCGUAACCGUCAGCCGAUAGUGCUAGGAGACAACAGCUUUGCUGAUCUUAUUCAGAACUGGAUGGACUUACCAGAAUGCACAGAACAGACUGAACAGAAGCACAGUUCAGGGCGCAGUUUUGCUAAAGACUUCUUGGUUAACGUUAAACGGAGGAUAGCCAGAAUUUCGCAAAGUGCUGAUGAACAACGGAAGUCGUCAGAUGUUACAAAUCUGAGCAAAUCGUUUGGAGUCCCCAAAAGACUUUCUUGUCACGUUGAUGUGCAGCAUAAAACACCAUUCUUCUUUAAGUCACACACAGGCUUGAAUGAAUUAGACACAGAUUUCCAUCAGUUCACAGCACUCAUGCAAUCGGGGAGCAGAAUGCCUAUUGUCUGUAAUGACAUAAUUGGGUACAUAUGACUGAAGAGAUGGACUGAAUGGACAAUAACUCCAGAAGAGACUAUUUUUAUUUUUCAUUUUUAUUGAAGGUUCUGUCAAUAAUAUCAUGUAAAAUGCACAAACAAUAAUAAAGUUCAAA